UCUAGUGGGCGUCUCCUGUACGGACAGGGAGGCGGGCCGCGACCUGUCUAGAUUUCUCCGGAGAUGGCGGCGGCGCCGGCGCCGGCGGCGAGGGCGACCUCCCCCUCCGCCGCAUCCGCCUCAUCCUCCGGUGGUAGCGGCGGAAACCCGGCGGCGGCGGCGGCGGCGGCUAGCGCUGCUUGCGCUUGCCCCAUCUGCCUCGAGUCCUUCCAAGACGAGGCGUACCUCGACACCUGCUUUCAUUCUUUUUGUUACAAGUGCAUAUGUCAGUGGGUGAAGAUUGUAUCGACCAAGCGUGCUGAACCUUUGUCAUCAGUGCAAUGUCCUCUUUGCAAGACAGUGAAUGUGUCUAUUAUACAUGGUUUUGAUGGUGAAUCAUUUCAACGGCACUACAUAAAUCAGGACCCCAGAAAGAGACAUCUUUCACAUACACAUGAGUUGAUAUCACAAUUCUAUAGCAUAAAAUAUAUUACUGGCCAUACUUCCAGUGUUCAACAGUUCUGGAAGCAACGCAAGUAUCUUCGCAAGAACAUUUGGCUUCAGACCUGGCUAAGACAGGAAAUCCAGGCUCUUACACAGGAUGAAAAUGUUGACACCAUUGUUUACCACAUCCAUGGUGUGAUCGAAGCUUUCAUGAAAAGGCAAGAGAAGGAAUACACUUCAAAGACAACUCCCCCGGAGAAGAAGAGGGAAAAGUUCAAGUGCUUGCUAUCUGAUGCCGCCAGGCCAUUCCUCCUUGGCCGAACUGAGAGGUUUGUCACCGAGGUAGAGCUCUUCUUGGUCUCACAUCUGAACAUCGACGCAUACAGCAAAGUGCGCGUUCAGAGACUCAAGGAGUCCACUUCGCAUGUCUCAAGAGAGCAGGAUGUGCUGCCCCAGGAUCGGUCUCUGGAGGACCACUAUUUGUACUUUUUAGGUGAUGAAACAGAUUGCAAUGGCGAGAUAUAAUGGUCUAUAGUUGAUGUCAACCAAUAUCAGUGGUCUCCUGUAGGUGAUGACACAGAUUGUAUUGCUGAGAUCUGUAUCUUGAGGCCUUGUACCUUUUUUCCCUAAAGCCUUGAGAUCUUGUUGUAGGUGACGAGUAAAGAUCGCAGAUUUUGAAAUGGUGAAAUGUAUAGUGAUGCGUACAACUUUUGCCGAAACAA